AUGUCUUCCAAUAUUAAUAUGAGACUGUCAGCUAUUAACAUGGACUUACCAUACGAACAACAUUACCUUAGUUUAAAGGUAAUGCGUUUAUCAAAUCCAAUUCAUACCAAAACCACCACUUCCACCUUCAAUUCUUCUUCUUCAACAGAUAAUAUUAUCGAUCCUUUAGCAGGUCAAAAACCACCUACUAAAAUAUUUAUGAAAGAUAUUUCCGAAACAACGUUUGAUAGUUAUAUAACAAUAACCAAUGAAUCAAAAUAUCAUGUUCAUGAUAUUGUAUGA